UGGCGACUAAGAGAGUAACCUUAACAAUAACAAAAUGGUAAAAGAGACGGCGUUUCUUCCACUUCCACCCGCAUUCGCACUCGCACUCGCACUCGCACGUUUUCUUUCUCCCUCUUUCUCUCCUUCUUCGAUUGUGCUUUCAUCUACUCCAAACCCUACCAGGGUCAAUCUGAAUAUGAGGACUGUAAUUUUUGGUGGGGGAAUUAUGCAUUGUUGGAAAUAAAUGUAGCAUUGUAAUUUUAGGGCCAUAAAACUUGCUGUUAUCAGGCUUUGAAAUUUGGAGUUUUGAUGGACUGCAAUAAAGAAGAGGCCUUAAGGGCCAAGGGUAUUGCUGAGAAGAAAAUGGAAAGCAAAGAUUUCGCAGGGGCUCGAACAUUUGUCCUUAAGGCUCGAAAAUUAUAUCCUGAUCUGGAGAAUAUUGCUCAAAUGCUUGUUGUUUGUGAUGUGCAUUGCUUUGCUGAGCAGAAAUUACUGGGUAAUGUGAUGGACUGCUAUAAAAUAUUACAAAUUGAUCGUAAUGCUAAUGAAGCAAUAAUUAAGAAGCAAUACAAGAAGUUGGCUCUCCAACUUCAUCCUGACAAAAACAAGUUUGCUGGUGCAGAAGCUGCAUUCAAGCUGAUUGGGGAAGCUCAGAGAGUUCUUUUGGAUAGAGACAAACGAUCUUCACUUGACAUGAACUUGAGCAGGUUUUCAAUGAUCAGAACUGCCAUGCCAUCUCAUCAUCAACGGAAUGUUCAGGUAAAUUUUAAUCCCGUGAUGCAAACCAAUGUCCGGCCCAUUUUCACAAACUUAAAUCUACAGCAGCAACAUCAGUCUAGACAGCCAACUCAGCAGGGGAUUAAUGUUGGCGCUUCUAGUUUUUGGACUAUGUGCUCAUUUUGUAAAGUAAGGUAUGAGUAUCCCAGGGCAUAUUUAAAUAGAUCUCUUCGCUGUCAACAAUGCGGUAAGCCCUUCAUUGCAUAUGAGGUGGACUUGCAAAGUACCAAACCGGCAACUAAUCCAAGUCAGCAGGUUUUUGGCCAGCAGAACAGUAUUCCGAAUGAUGGUGCUUUUAAGGUCGGUGUUGGAUCUCAAGGUAAUUUGCAUGCUCAGAGGUCCAAUACAAAAUCUGAUCAUAAAAAAGGCUCUACUUCUAAUGUCUCUGAAAAGUCAAAUGGAAAGAGAAGAAGGAAACAGGUAGUAGAAUCCAGUGAAAGCUCUGAGUCUAUAGGCAGCACUGAUUCUGAAGAUGAUACGUUUUCUGACAACAAUGUUUUUCCUGGUGUGUCAACUUAUAGAGAAGAGUGUCCACGUAGAUCUACACGGAGAAAACACCAGGUUUCCUACAACGAGAAUGUUAGUGACGAAGACAAUGAGCCGCUGCAACCUUUAAAACAGGGUCAGGGGAGUGGUUCACCAUACAGCGAUGGUGAAAAUAAUGGGGAGGAAACCGAAAUGAAGGAUCAGAAUGGUGAGGCUGCUGGUCUGAAAGAUGAUCAGAAAGAGGUAAAGAGGAAGCAAAAUUUUUAUUCUGAAGAGAGCUCAGUAAAUAUAGAUAUGAAAAUUAAGGAGGUGAGAGGAACAGAAACAGGGGGCAGCUCAGAUACAGAUGAACCAUUGGAGCAUUCAGCCUCUAAAUCAACAAAUUAUCUAGAUGGUUUAGUUUAUCCAGAUCCAGAGUUCAGUGACUUUGACAAGGACAAGAAAGAGGAGUGUUUUGCUUCCGGGCAGGUUUGGGCUGUUUAUGAUGAUAUAGAUGGCAUGCCUAGAUUCUAUGCUAUAAUCAAAACAGUUUCUUCUCCUGGAUUUAAGUUGCGGAUAGCUUGGUUUGAGCCAGAUCCAGACGACAAAGAUGAACGCAAGUGGGUUGAUGAGAAACUGCCAAGUGCUUGUGGGAAAUAUAAACUUGGUAAGACUAUAACCACCGAAGAUCAUUUGAUGUUCUCUCAUGUGACUUGUUUUGAAAAGAUUAGCCGCUCUACUUUUAAAGUGUAUCCCAGAAAGGGGGAAACUUGGGCUCUUUUUAAAAAUUGGGAUAUUAAAUGGUACAUGGAUGCAGAAUCUCAUGAGAAGUAUGAUUUGGAGUUUGUUGAGAUCUUGUCGGAUUAUGUUGAAGGCGCGGGAGUAAUUGUUGCAUACUUGGCUAAGUUGAAAGGUUUUGUGAGCCUCUUCUCUCGAACUAUGAAGGGAAGUAAUUGCUCAUUUCGAAUUCCACCAGUUGAGUUAUUCAGAUUCUCUCACAGGGUUCCAUCUUAUAAAAUGACUGGUCAAGAAAGAACUGGUGUUCCUGUAGGAUCUUAUGAACUUGAUCCUGUAUCCUUGCCAGUGAAUCUGGAAGAGAUUGUUUCUCCAUCUGUAGGGAUGAGCCCAAGGUCUUCAGAUAUGUCGAAAUUCACGAAGGGUCUGGAUGGAGAUGCAUCCACGGUCAAGGUUAAUUUGGAUAGAAGCAAAUCAGUAGAGGAGAAGAAGGAUCCUGUUGGUCAUAUUGAUGAUGUUGGAGCUCCUUCAGCUUCAGUCAAAGAUUCUUUUGAAGUUCCAGAUCCUAUGUUCUACCAAUUUGAUGCUGAGAGGUCCCAUGAAAAGUUUGAGGUUGGCCAGAUUUGGGCAUUUUAUGGUGAUAGUGAUGGACUUCCAAAAUACUACGGUCAGAUUAAAGGGGUUAAGAGGACUAGCCCAGAAAUCGAGUUGCAAGUUAUUUAUCUUACUAGCUGCUGGCUACCUAGGAAAGUUGAUAGGUGGGACGAUGUGGGUAUGAUCAUCUCCUGUGGAAGAUUUAAAAUCAAAGAAAGUGCUAAGGCGUGUACUUACAGAAACACCUGUUCUGUUUCACAUCAGGUGCACACUAGAACUGCUGGUAAGAACAAGGAAUAUGAAAUUUUUCCUCGGAAGGGUGAAAUUUGGGCACUGUAUAGGGAUUGGACGCAUAAAAUCAAACGUUCUGAUUUGCCAAACUGCGAAUAUGACAUAGUGGAAGUUGUUGAAGUGAGUGAUGGUUGGAUAGAUGUUUUAUAUCUGGAGAAGGUAAGUGGUUACAGUUCAGUUUUUAAGGGCAAAUUAAAUAACAAACGAUUGACGACGAUUACAAUCUCUAGGACCGAGUUGCUGAAAUUCUCCCACAAGAUCCCUGCUUUCAAACUGACAGAAGAACAUGACAAUCUUAGAGGAUUUUGGGAACUUGAUCCGAGAGCAAUACCACAUCAUUAUUUUAUUGGCUACAAGAAAUGAAGGAAAAAGGGUAGCUUGUUACACUGUAUUAGUGUAGGCUGUUUAGCCAUGCAGCAGCAUUUGCUAACCGGAUGUCAAUUUUUGGACUAAAAGGUUUUUUGUUUCUUGUUUUGUUAAGCUAGAUCAAAACUAUCAUAUAUGUGUUAAUACUGUUAUGUAGCAUCCCCUGCACAAAUUUAGUUCAAAUGACAACACCUGUGUCCUUAGGUAGCUGUCUGAAAAAGUAAGGAGGUUGCGCUGGUUCUGUGCUGCAUUAUUCACCUUGGUUUGGUUCCAUUCGAAUUUGGUUCUCUGUUGUGAAUUUAAUUUGUCCUUGAGAAAACUUAGAGACAGUAACAUGAGUUUUGUUGCAGUUGUUCUCUAAUAGUAGCAUGUGGCAUGUGGACUGUGUCUAUUUUGUAUUAUCCAAUACUAUUCAGUUUUUCUUUUCUUUCGAAAAAGGUGCACAUAUCAUGCUGUGGUUGGAGAACAGUACCUAAGUUUUUUCUAUUUCUUAUGUUAGGCAAUCAGAGUCAGUGUGGUUUAAUCUUCUAAGAAACACAUGAAAAUUAUAUCAAAAGAAUUUU